AUGCAGCGAUCUCCGGAAAUAAAAGACAACACAGCUGCCCCUAAAACCCGCGCAAAUCCAGGCGACAUUUUGAGUCUACUGCUCCUCAUUGGCGGCGACAUCGUACAAAAAGCGAUCGCUCAGAUGCAACCGUCACGGGCUCUUAUCACCAUCCCCAUCACGCCUGUUGCGUUCUCCUUUGGUUGGGUCGCGUUUGGCUUCAGUCAGCUUUUGUCUGCUGUUGGCGACAGACGGCUCUUACCAGCACCAGAGGAUGCAGCCAUCAUCGUCAACUGUGCCAACUCUUUCCAGCGGGAGAAUAAGUCUUGGCUCCUCGACCGCCUUUUGAGAGACCACGAGAUUCGCAAUCAUAUUGACGAGGACAAAGACUCUAUCAAAAUCAGUAUAUUUGAGCUUGGACCUUUGCGAACGCCGAAACCAGAUCAUGUCUGGAUGUUAGGAUGGGCGACAAUGCUAGCCGAGAUUGGUAUUGCCAUACCUCCCUGGGUUCUUUACGGAGAUUGGGGAGUAAUGAUGAUUGUCUUGGCUGGAACCGUGUUGGCAAUGGCAACUUGCUCCUUGGCCCAGUGGAGAGAAGAGAAGUGGGCAGGAAGAUUGCUCGACCACAACAAUGUGAUAUGUCUCACUAGGGGCAAUGGCCACAAGCAUGUCAUGGUGCUGCUUGGUAGAGCGGGCUCUCCCGAUAUCGAAGCUUUUGCGACAGCUAGAGGUGCCGCGCGUCACGAAACACCAGUCGUCACCGCGAUUCUUGCGGCUCUAUGGGUUUGUCUGUUGCUGAGUGUUUCGGGCCUCAAAGACCAUGCUUGGUAUUUGAUUGGGGCUGGCGGCUUAGGUAUGCUACAGAAUGUAUACGCUGCCGGAGCAGCUCGCUCGUCAAGUACCACCGGCCUGGAACUAAAAGACUUCAAACGCAUGCCAAGCAUAACGGCCAAAUCACAGGGUUUCAAAGACGACCCUGACUCGAACGUCUGGUUGGAGAACGGAGCUGACCCCAAGAACAUGCCAAAGUGGGUAGAAUCGAUGAAGAAAGUUGAUGGAGUUCCCGAGUGGUUGGAGCCUGUUCAAGAGCCACAAGUCAUCUUGAGGGUUCAUGGUGCAUUAAAGGAACUCGAAAAAUGGGUACCUGGGGCGGGCCUCGCGAUGACUCAAGUAUUCUUUCCUUCUCACUUGAAAUACGAGGACGAAAGUGUUAGGGAUAAUGUCAAUAAGAAGAUUUGGAGAAGAGCCUGGCACACGAAUCGAGUUAGAAGGCAUGCCGAACAGGCUCGGCGAAAGGUUGAAGGAAUCACAAAACCAAAGACAGUCUGAAUGAAGAUUCUCAGGCAACUUAUGGAAGCAUCAAUGGAUGAAAGCUCUUAGUUUUCUCUCAAUGGCGCUCGGUUUUGUGUGUUCUCUGGUUCGAAAUAUGUGCAUCACUUAUUGCGAAUCUUGGAAGAAGGGUUACUUCAAGCAGA